AUGGCAAGAUCUCUGCUGCGGGAACGUUCGCAUAGAAUCAAGAAUCGCUUCAAGCUACGGUACAGUGCGCGCCUCAAUUUGCACAUCAGAGACAUCCACAAACCAAACACGCCCCUUUACAUCAGCGAGUUUCGAGCAAACCGCUUCUUGUCUGCAGAGAAGUUGCUCACGGCCAGUACCGCAAAGUCGACCGAGAUCCAAUCAACCACGAAGAGCAAUGCAAAAGCUCAGUUCGAUGCCUUCGCAGAUCGUGAACGGCGGUUCAAAUUGGAGAGCAUGCGCCGCACGAGAUGGCUUUCCAAAUCCACCUUCGUCUAA